AUGAUCCGUUUGGGAUUUUUGGCUCCCACGAUAUUGGUUGCCAAGUGUCUAAUACAGAAAUUGUGGCUUCAGGGGUUGGAAUGGGAUGCUUUACCUUCUAGGAAAAUUGUAGAUGAGUGGGAAUUGUAUCACAAGCAACUUUCUAUUUUGUCUAUACUCUCUAUAGCUCGGUAUGUUAUACGUGAUGAAUGUGUGUAUGUUGAAGUACAUGGAUUUUGUGACGCAUCGGAGGUUGGUUAUGGUGCAGUUCUUUAUUUACGGCAUGUGCUUGAACGUGAAGUUGUGGUUUCUAUGUUGUACUCCAAAAAUAGAGUAGCUCCCUUGAAGACGAUGUCUAUUCCCAGAUUAGAGUUAUGUGCAGCUUCUCUUCUCUCAGACUGUAUUGCAUUCGUUUUGAGUAACAUAACAAAUAUGCGAGUGAGGCGAGUGUUUUGUUGGUCAGAUUCAACUGUAACAUUGGCUUGGAUCCGGUCGUCUCCCCAUCGUUGGAAAACGUUUGUCGCCAACCGUGUCUCCCAUAUUCAAGAACAGGUUGCCCCGGAAUGUUGGAAUUAUGUAGAUGGUAAAGUGAACCCCGCAGACUGCGCAUCGCGUGGUAUUUUUCCAGAACAGUUCGUCUCACAUUCGUUGUGGUGGGCGGGCCCUCCCUGGCUUGCAGAAUCAAAUUCAUAUUGGCCAAACUGUGUUAGUUCCGAGAUACUUACAGCUGUAACUUUAGAAGAGAAGAAAGUAGUGUAUAUGGCUAUAUUUUGUGACAACUUUCUUUCUGAAAUUCUUCAGAAAUUUUGGUCACUAAGUAAAAUUCAACGCAUAAUUUCCUAUUGCCUUCGUUUUGUGAAUAACUUGCGUAAUCAUAAGUGCGAAAAACAAGUAGGGUGUUUGAGUUAUGUAGAACUUUAUAAGGCGUUGAUAGUGAUUGUGAGAUUUGUGCAAAAUGACGUUUUUUCUGCUGAUAUUCUUAAACUAAAAGAGAAGGUGCCAUGUUCGAAACCGCUUAGGAAAUUAGUUCCGUUUCUAGACGAGGAUGGAGUCCUCAGGGGGUUGUUUAAAAUAUGCUAA